AUGGAAUCUUCUUUAAAUACUACAUUUGAAGCGUUAAAAGAUAGCGUGGAAGCAGUUAAACUAAAGCAACAAAAUCAAUUGCGUAAUUUGGUUUUACACGCUAAAUAUAAUAAUUAUGCCAGCAGAGAUGAUAUGCAUGCGACAAGCACUGGCAGCAUGUCGUCAAGAUUAAAUAACUUACAUCAGGUCUUUAAAGAAGACAUUCAACCAAAAAAUGCAUUUAAGGAAUUAAAAACUUUACAUAGCACCGAAAUCCUAGAAGAUAAUCCUUCGCCAACAUAUUUUAAAUCAAAAAUGCGUAAAAUUGUAAAUAAUGAAAACGUUAACGAUUAUACAAAUCUAAGCACACCACGUAGUUUAAGUGGUGCAUCCAUACGUAAAUCUAAAUAUUCCUUUAGAGAGGAUACACCUCAAACCAAAAAUUCUUUAUUGGAUUCCUAUAAACAAGAUAGUUUAGACGAUGAUGCUGCACAUUUUAAGAAUUCCACAAAUAUUUCCUCUUCAUUUUUGGAAGAUAUCAAUUUAUCUACGUAUUGCGCACCUUCUACCAAUCAAAUACAUAUGAAUUUUAUAAUGCUAAUAGGACUUGUAGCUGGUGUAUUAGUUUCCAAAGUCUUGCAAUAUUUACAAUUAUAUUUGAAUUGGCUUUGUGAACAAAUUCUUCAAUUGCGCAAUAAUCUUAUGGGUAGCAAUUCUUUGUGGGAAUUUCUUAAUUUCGAUGACACUCGCCGUCUGCAAGUUCGCUCCAAAUCAAAUCCUGGCACACCCACCCAACCUCGAAGACCUGAUUUUAUUGGUCUCAAUCAACAGCAACAACAACAAUUGCAAAAUCAACAGAAUCCAACACAAUCGUUUUAUGAGUACACAACAAAUGUGGCACCGACUUCAACGACUGGUUUACCACCACAGCAUCCACAAUUGCCUAUAAUACAACAACAACAGCAGCAACAACACCAACAAAUGCUAAUGCAACAACAACGUGCCAUAAUGCAACAACAGCAACAAGGUGUCAUUAACAUCCAACAACAACACGCUGCAACUUUAGCCCAACAACCUUAUGGCGGCAGUCCACAACGUCGUUUCCUAUCCGAAGGUGAACUAGUGCGCCAGGGUUCUGGACCAUCUGGAACGGCAGGCAGUGACUUGUCCUACGCCCGUUCAAAUAACACUGUAGAUAAUAUACGCGAAUUGGCUGGCAGUCCUCAGCGGGGCGUUUAUAUGUGGAAAGAUACAUCACCCGGUUUCCAAGGUAGUUCUGGUGGCGGUGGUAUUGGUGGCAUGAUGCCACCGCCAUCAUCAAUGGGAGGCAUCGGCAGUAGUGCGGGCACUAUGCCAUCAAGUAUGCAGCAUCAUAGUACCGGAGGACCUCAGUAUAUAACAGUGAGCGGUGGAGCACAACAGGGUCAUCCCUUAAUAAUGACCCAUUCGAGAAUGCAUCAAACGCAGCCAGGAAUACAUGAUUAUCAACAGCAACAACAUUCGGUAUUUCAUCGUUCCAAUCCAACUAGUCCCACAACAUUACCCUCUGCCUCACAGGGACCACCGGUUUCGUCGUAUGUAAUGCGUUAUGGUAAUGCAUCAUCAGCGGCUUCCUCAUCGCAGCCACAACCCACAAGCUAUAGUCAAUCGAUGGGUGGUGGCGGCGGUAUUAGUGGUAAUAUGACACAGUCGGUGGCAUCGACAUCACAAGGUUAUCAACCGAAAAUACAUGGCGGUGUGCCAGUGUUUCCCCCCAAUCCCCAAGGCAUGAAUUCCUCCAAUACCCAACCAUCACCACAAAUCAAACGCAAACAAACCCCCACACGACCCAUGUCAUUCGUCAGAGCACUCGAAAUGACUGAUUCGAUGGAAAUGCAAACGCUUGAGCAGCAGCAACAGCAACAACAACACCAUCAACAUCAGCCACUGCAACAGCAGCAACAACAGAAUCGCAACAAUGGUGCCAUAACAACCGGUCAAGGUGUAACUGGUCACAUGAUGGGUGCUGCCCGCGCUAAUACCACCACACCCACACCCGACCGUGCCAGUGUCUACGACAUGAACUACGAGAUUUCCGUAUAACCCGUGCUCGUACCCGUCGUUGUAGCACCCGCCAACGCCUCUGCAACGGCUCUACAUAACGCUUAUGGACAUAAGAAACUAAUGGCGGCAAACAGCAGCUGCAACAGUAGUGGUGUUGGUGGCGGUAGUACCAAUAGUGGCUACACUUUAAAUAAAUACAAAACUCAUUUGAACCAACAUCAUCACCCACUUCAUCAUCUUCAACAGCAGCAGCAACAGCAUUUUAGUGGCAGCAGUAGCAGUGGUAUUAUGGGUGGUGGUAAUGUUAGUAAUUGCAGUAGUGGUGGUGGCAGUGGUGGUAGUAGUGUUAUUGUUGGUGUUGACGUUGGUGUUGCCGCUGCUGUAGCAGCAGCUACCGCCCCUGCAGAGCCGGCUGCCUAUGCUUCCGUGGCUGUGGUUAAUGCCAACUCUACAAAUGGCAAUAGUAGCAAUAGUGUAAGACAACCAAAUAAAAGAAAAUUUUCCACUUUCUUUUAGUCGAAAAAUACAAAACCAAAACGAAAAACUCCACUAAUUGAACAAAUUCUUAACAUUCAUACUCUCUUACACUAUUUAACCCAUUUUGAAAAGUUAAAAAAAAACUAAACUCUGCUCUUGCAAAACAAAUGAAACUUCAACCAAAAUGUAUAUAAAUACGAGUAUAUAAUUAAACAAAUUAAAUUGUCUUUUAGUUUAUAAAUUAAAAAACAAAACUCAUUUAUAGUGUAAAACUCUCCUUUCUCUCUCUGUCAUUUACACAAUCUCCUUUAUCCUAAAACAUUUACACUCUUACAUUUAUAUAAAAAAAAACAUAUAACCCACUUAUACAUAUUUACAUAUACAUACGUAUAUUUUAUCAAAAUUAUCACAAAUUAUUUAUAGAAACAUAAAUAACAAUUUGUAUUUUAAUCCUUAUUAUUUUAUAGCCAAACUCCCUCUGCCCCUCCCUGCCUGUCUAACCCUUAACAAUUCCCCUGUUAACUGAUCCAUGUUUCUGCUCUUGUAAAUUAUUUAAUGAAACAAUUUCAUAAUACUUUCUAUCUACACUCAUUUCUAGAAGAAAAUGAUGGCGAAUAUUUGGUGUAAUUUUGUGGCAAUUUAAAGAAAUUGUUAAGUUUUAAGAAAAAAUUAAAAUUGUAUUUAAACAAAGUGUUUAGUAGAAUGUGUUUACGUUCGUAAACUUUAUUUAUAACUCCCCUGAUAUUUUAAGUGUUUGUAUUAUAAUUUUACAAAACCAUAGAUUUGUUUUGUUUUUAUAUUUAUAUAAAUGUUUUUAAAAGGUUAUUGCAUGCAACUUUAGUUUAAAAGUUUUUGAUUAUUUUAUUAAAAUAUUUAAAAUUCUCGCUUAUUUAGAAAACAAAAUAAUUGCAAUAAUUUACAUUUAAUGGAUUGGCUAAAGAAAUACUGGAAAAUUUAUCAAAUUAAAAAUCUGAAAUAAAAUGGAAACGUGUAAACUUGUUUACCAAUCUCAUAAAUGUACUUAAAACUGGUUUCUGCAUGUCUUGUUUAAAGAAGAAAGUUUGAAAUCUUUUAAAAGUCUAAAAAAUUAAUGAGAAUAAAGCCUUUAAGAAGUUUAUAGAAAAGAAUGAAAAAUAUUUUUAUGCAAAAGAACAAAAUGCUUUAAAUAAUAUUGAAUACAUGAAUGGUUGAUAAGCAAAUAGGUAAUGUUAAAUGAAACACCUAAAAGUAUGCUAUACAAUUGUGCAAUUCCCUUGAUUGCCCUUAAAAAACACCUAAAUAUUUGUCAUUAUUAUUGUUUUAAUAAUUCUACUUCUAUGCUCGUUAGUUUUGUUUUUAAGUUAAUUAAUUUUAUAGUUCUUAAAGUUAAAACAAAUUAUUAGUAAUGUGUGUUUAUUUUUUUUUUAAUUUUUAAAUAAAAUUAACUCUUAAGCAUUUAUUAGUUUUCUUGUGUUUUAAAAAUAUGUAAUAAUAAAUGAAUAUAUUACUCUUCUGCUAUUUGGUUAAUAAGUUAUAAUUCUUCCAUUAAACAAAAUAUUAUUUUUAAUAAUUGAAUUCUUUUAAUUUAAGUUAUUUUUUUUUAUUAUUUAAAAAAAUAUUUCGUUUUUAAAACCAAUUUGUGUUUAUUUUUUAAAGUUAAAUAUUAAAUUAAGUAAAUAUUUAUCUAUUUUCGAAAAAAUACAAAUAAAAUUAUUUUUUUUUUUAUUUUAUUGUUAUUCCUAUUUUGAUAAUGAAACAAAAACUAAUUGCAAUUUAAGUCCAUCCAUUUCAAAAAAUUCAGUUCUUUGAAUUGAAUGAACUCUUGUAAACAGUAAAUAAAAAGAAAAUUAAAUAAACAUUUAAUUAUA